CAAUAUUUAAUUCAUGAAGGAGCAAAUAUGCUGAGGGUUCUUUCCGUUCUAAUCUUGCUGGUCCAUUCCGUUAUUGGAGCGAGCCAAAAUGGCUCCUUUAUAGAUCCCCCACAGGGCUCUGAUUAUAAUACGGUAUACUAUGUUGGCCAGAAGCUCCAUAUUAAAUGGAAGACCAACAUAACAAACCCAAUUUACCUGCAAGUAUUCAACAGACGUACUAGUCAAGGCGAAGAAAUUCUAAGCAGAAAACAGGGAUAUACGUCUUAUGGCUGGACUGUCCGUCCAGUGGGAAAUUCAACAGCGACCGACGUUUAUUAUCUCAUGAUAACGGAUGCGGACAAUUACGAUACCCGGUUUAUAUGCCAUGACUUUAACAUCACUGCAAACAAUGCCAGCACGACAGCGUCUCCCUCGUCUACCGCUCAGGAAUGUGAUUCCACAUCCACGGCAUCUUUGGAUACUUGCAGCGAAGACGGGUUAUCCCCACAGGCAAAGGUGGGGAUUGGCGUUGGUGUCGGGCUCGGUUGUGCAUUUUUCAUAGCGCUUGCCGCUGUCAUUUGGUACUUCCAUCGCCGAACAGCCGCAGUUGUUCGUCAAGCAAAACUUCCCAUAGCCUCGUGUGAGCCUGAUAAUACACAAUAUCCCCAUCUACAGUCACUGCCGGGGAUUCCCCCAGCUGAGCUUCGUGGUGACUUGGUUGCUCAUAACAGUGUCAGAUAUGAGCUGCCUCCAUGAGAUCUGUCUGUGUUUAUUUGCGGGUAUUCUGUUUUCAUUGUCAUUGUGAUAAGACUAUUGUUAAUUGAGGCUCUCUAAUUCACAGCAUUAAAAAAAAAAAAAAAACUGAGUUAUUAUAGAUCGCCUUGUGUGUACUUAAGACUCGAUGUAUAUAGUAGCUUGGUAGAUGGACAAGAUUUCCGGUUAGGGGAGCCUUAUUUGAAUGAUC